CAUGGCGGACGCUGCAGCUGGUAUUGUCAUCCGAUCCAUCGCUGUGGUUUUUCAAAUCAUAUUCUUUGACGAGUCUCUCAGAUGGUUGAUAGCAAACAAAAAAGAUGACAAAGCUAUUCAGAUCCUGAAUAAGGCUUCCAGAUUCAACUGUAUUGACAUUUCAACUGUGAUUCCACAAGCUACAAAUUUUCGACGAACAUCAGGCGACGUAACUAAGCCAGAUAUCAACAAGAUCCCUACGGACUCCAGAAUCUCAGUACUGGAUGUGUUCAAGAACAGGUUUUUGCUGAAGAUUUCAAUCAUAAUUUGGCUUACUUGGCUGGUUGACAGUUUAACAUACUUCAGCCUCUAUCUGACAUCCUCAUCCCUUGCCGACAACUUCUAUCUCAACUUUCUUCUCAACUCGCUGGCUGAAGCCCCUGCAGGACCACUGUACUGGUUCAUCAGCAGGAGAUAUGGAAGGAGGAAGUUUUUCAUGAUCUUUCACAUUGUGUCUGGUGUGUGUCUACUCCUGACAACGAUUUUGAAACUACUGGCUGAUGGCGUUGUUGCUUCGUCCGUUGCAACAGCCUUCGCAUUUGUCGGGAAAAUAGGGAACUCUGCUUGUUUUGCUGCCAUGUUCGCUUAUGUUCCGGAGCUGUACCCAACGAAUAUAAGGACUGUUGGUCUUGGUGGAGGGUCGACGGCAGCAAGAGUUGGUGCUGCUAUUUCACCCUUCACUUCCAUGGUUGCAUCAGCUAUUCCUUGGUUACCUGGAACUAUAUUUGGUGUGGGCUGUUUAAUCGUAGCUGGUUUGGUGAUGAUGCUUCCGGAGUCACAAGGAAGAGAGUUACCAGAAACUAUAGAAGAAAUACAAGCAUGGCCAAAAGACCCAAGUACCAACACCUCAAGCACAUCUCAGCCUGUGAAACAACAAUGUGCUGUGAUUCCACUUUAUGGCAACGACACCAACACCAACUACGGCAAAUGUGACGUGUCUGUUCGGAACACCACCACCAAUGUCACGUCAACACAUGCAUGCAGUGCCUGGACAUAUGAUAUGGAAAGAGAUCAUUCCAUUGAACCUGAGUGGGAUCUCGUCUGUGGGAAUGUCUUCUUUGCCCGCCUCCCGCAGUCUCUCUUCAUCGUUGGACAAGGGGUUGGCGCGGCCACUGUAUCGGGGAUGUCUGACAAGUUCGGGAGGAAACCAUUCCUUAUUUUGUCACACAUUUUGACCGCUGGUGCCGGUCUUGCUUUGGCGUUCUCUCCCAAUAUCGCAGCCUUCUCUGCCCUCAGAUUAGUGAAUGGCAUUUUUCAACAGGGAAUCGUUGUGUGUACAUACACCAUGAUAAUGGAAGCGUUCCCAAGAAACAAGCGUAUUGAAAUAUCCACAUUCUACACCUUAUCGUGGAAUGCCAGCACCAUCCUUCUCACAGGGGUGGCCUACUUGUUACGUCAUAUGGAUUGGAGAACUCUGCAGCUCUGUUUCGUUUCUGUGUCUAUCAGUGUCUUUCUACAAAUCUUCUUUAUGGCUGAGUCCCUGAGAUGGUUGAUCACGAACAAGAAGGCCAAAAGAGCCUUGGCGUUGUUCAAUAGGGUAGCCAAGACUAACAACGUCGACGUGACCGACGUUCAACUACCGGGUAUCGACAAUAAGGAAAAGCCAGUUGAGCUGAGCACCAUCAAGAGUAAAUACGUUGAAGCUCCACCAGAGAAACACACAGGGGAUGUGCAGUACAGUUGCCUUGACUUGGUGCGGACCAAGUUUAUGUUGAAGAUAUGUGCCGUCGUGUGGUUCUCCUGGUUGGUUGACAGUUUGACGUACUUCAGCCUCUAUCUGACAUCUUCAUCCCUACAUGAUGAUCAGUAUCUGAAUUUCUUCCUCAACUCAUUGGCUGGCGUACCAUCGGGGCCGCUCUUCUGGUUUGUCGGAAGAAGGUGGGGACGGAGAGCGUUCUUCAUGUCUUUCCACGUACUUGCCGGUGUAUGUCUUAUUUUGGCAACAAUGGUUCGGACAUUUGCGGCUGGAGAUGCAGCAUCUAUAACGGCCACUGCCUUGGCCUUCGUUGGGAAAAUUGGUAACAGUGCCUGUUUCAAUGCCAUGUUUGUGUAUGCUCCCGAGAUCUAUCCGACAAAUCUCAGGUCAGCCGGUAUGGGAUCUGGUUCCACAGCUGCUAGGGUCGGAGGGAUGAUCGCACCUUUCAUAUCCAUUCUUGCCGACGUCGUUCCCUGGGCUCCUGGAAUUAUUUUCGGGAUAGCGUGUUUGGUAACAGCAGCGCUCAAUUAUUUUCUUCCUGAACCAGAGGGGCGAGAACUUCCCCAGACUAUAGAGGACGUCAAGGCAUGGGGUAAAGCACCCGCAAAAGAUUGAUUUAACAAAGCUGCGCAACUUCGCAAAAUAAUAUUCCAAGGAUAAUGUUCAAAGGAUUAUAGACAUGGACACAAAUAUUUUUAUAGUAAUAUACAUAUGUAAGAUGCAUACCUAAACCAACUUACAUGACAUUUGUGUGUGUGUGUGUAUAUUAUUGUUAUCUUUAAUGUCAUAUUGACAAAACCACGGACAAUACAUAAUUGACAAUUAUGACAAUACGUCCUUCUGGGGCAUGUACCAUUGAUAUAUAGCAUAUAAUCACCUGUAAAAUGUGUUUUUUAUUUUUGUUUUACAGUUUAUUUUGUUUGAUGGAAAUAGCAUGUGAAUUGUAAAAGUGAUAAAACUUUGAAUUGAUGGAUUUAUGUACGAUACCUGUGAAAAACGUACAUCACCAUCAACUGGACAACAUACUGAAACAUGCACAUUCACAGGCUGCUGUUUUUCAUAACUGCAUUAUCUUAGUUUGUAUUUUUGGAAUACAAUGCAGAAAAUAAAUCAAAUGUCUUGAA